AGUUGGGGAGGGGACCUCAACAAAUUUAAAGUUAGGAGAGCUCAACAUGCAAUGUGAUCAACGGAGGGAAACGAUAACGAUCGACUGGGGACCCAAUUUUUUCCGGAAAGAAUUAGUUUGGCUUGCUUACGCAACUCAAAGGACAUAUUAAAGAGAAUUAUAAAUUCACGCAGAGCAGUGGAGUGGAGUAACAGUAGCAGCGAGGAAUGAGGCAUGGCAGCUACAGGAAGAACACCAAGGAAGAAGCAGAGUGCUCGAGCCAAAUCACUUCCUUCAGAGCUUACCCUCACAUUUCUUGAGCCAGAUGCCAAGUGGGUCAGAUCUCAAUGGCCACAACUUCCUGAACAUUCUUCGGCCAAGAUUAAUCUCAUCAAUGCGGGACUGGACAAGUACUUACAAACCCCCCUGUUGCCUCUGGAUGUUAAUCUCCUCAAGCAUGCAGUCAGUUCCUUUGAUGGGAGUGGAAUACCCUUUGACAAAAAUGGGUAUGUCAGGAUUGACCCACAAACAGUUUCUGCAGUUACUGGCUUGCCUGCCUCUGGGGAUUCAGUGGACAUGUCUUUGGGGAGGAGGAGGGUUAAUAGCCCUGGUGGAAGAGCAAGGGUUGCUCUGGAGAUUUGUGGGUCUGAUAAGGCAUUUGGGAGCAAAGGCAUCAGAGUUGACUUGAUAAGGCCGGUUGAGCUCAGGUGGGCAGCUGCAGUGCUGACUAGUAGAGUCUUUGGGCAGCAGAAAGGUGAGUAUCUGAACUUGGGUCAUUUUAAUUUGGUUAAGAUGGUUAGCGUAGGGCAUAAGUUUAAUUGGGCAGAGUAUGUGGCUUUGAGAAUUAAGGAAAAGUUGAGAAAGAUUCAGGGCGACGGGAAAGGGUGUUUUUAUAUGGGGACAGUUCUUACUGGGCUUAUUUAUGACCAGGUGCCCCAUUUGGGGCCUAAGGGGGGAAUAUGUUUAGUUGAGGAAAGACCUUCUUUAAUGAAGUGGGCCUCUUUGUGCCCCAAGAAAGAACGUGGGUGUUUGUCUGUUGUGAAACAAGAGACCAUUGAAGGGCCUGCCAGUGAUGGAGAACUAGAGCCCGGUAAUGAUGAAAAACCCUCAUGUGCAGGGGGAAUGAAUGGUAAUGCAGAGGAUAGUUGUGCUCUUAAAACGCCCAAUUCUAGGAAUGGGAAAUUGGCAUUACCUUGGACUGGGUAUGAUACACCCCCGACCCCUUCUGCUACUCCUUCCAUAGGCAAUGGGGCCAUUGAUGGUCCAGAAAAGAUUAGUUUUAGUCAGUUAUUGCAGAAACAAGUUCUUUUAUCAACUAGUGGGGCUAGUGCUACGGGCGUGGCUAAAAUUUUGGCAUGUUCUCAAGAUUUGGCGAAUUCAGGGAAGAGUCUGUGUUUGGAUAUUGGGUCUCAGAGAUCGGAUAGUCAACCAUCUGGUCACCAUGACGAACCAAGUGCAAUGAUGGAAGUUUGCAGUGUAAGUGAUACAGGUACUGGCUCCCCAAGGAGCCGGGAGAGCCCAAAGCCUAGGAGCUCUGAGGUUGCUAAUGAAGUUGCUGAAAAGUUGGAAUCUCCUAGAAGUGUAAGAAAGCGUGCCCUUUCUGAGAGGGAGGAAGAGAUAUCAUCAAAGAGGAGGCGGCUCCUAGAGAGCAGGCCAUUAGAAUCUCUCCUUGCGGUGCCUUUGCAGCAGAUGGCAGUGGGAGAAAAUUUGAUGCUGUUUAAAUUGGUGUUUGAUGAAGUGGAGAAAAGGUUACAGACUGCUACUGAGGAGUGUGAAUGGUGGAAGUCUUGUGCACAAGGGCUAUGCAAACAUCUGGACCAGCAUUUUGCAGGGUUGCCAAUCAAGCAAUCCCAUUGGCAGCAGAUUUUGAAUGAGGAACCCAUAGACUCUGUUGAGAUGCAUCUGUCAAGAGCAUAUAUUAAGAAGGCUGCAAAGAUCAUUAAAGAACAGGAAACGGAAAUUCAGAAUUUCAAAGUGACAGAAGAAAACACUAAGAAAUUGGAGUCUGCAAACUUGGCUUUAAUGAAAGACUUAGAGAUGGAACAGCAGUAUAGAAAAUCAGCAGAAGCGUGUAAAGCCAACCUUGAAAGCCAACUAGUACAAUUCAAAUCAAAGGAAGAAGACAAUAUAAGGAAGUUGGAGUCUGCGAAUUUGGCCUUAAAGAAAGACUCAGAGAUGGCACAGCAGCAUAGAGCGACAGCAGAGGCACGUGCAGCCCAACUUGAAAGCCAGCUUGUGCAAUUCAAGAAGAAAUUGCACAGGGUGUUGGAAGAUUAAACCUGAUAAUGUCUAUUAUGAAUAAUAUUGAGAUAGUUUUUGCUACUUAACGAAGUAGCUUGCAUAUCCAUGAUUGCCCAUACAGUCCAUCUGGUAAUCAAUUGCAAUUUUGACUAAUAUGAAGUUAUCAUUCUUUUGGCUUACCUCAGAAAGGCACAAAUUUGAAAUUUCAAACUAUGAAGAAGGCUUAGAAAAGUUAUAUGCAUCUCAUUAAUCGUGAAUGUAAAUUCUGCUGAUUUUCUUUUUUUAA